UAAAUACUUAGUUGACAGUGCAGUUUUGCCAUUUAGAAUUUGCCGGCACAGCGAGCGCUUUUAAUUGUGUAAACAGGAGGCAAUUUAUAAAGUUGUUGUUGGUGAUAGCAAGUUGCUGCGCUUAUCUGCAUAUCGGGGCUGAACAAUGAAAUAUUACGUAUGUUUCAUCGUCGUUGCGGCGGCAAUUUGCGCCGCGAAUGCGAUUCUAGGUCCACAGCCUCGCCGUCGUUCCUUUAUUAAUCCCUAUCCACGACUCAAGUUGUUCACAGACAACGUUGAUCCUGGCGAGCCGCUCUUCCUGACGUCCUUCAUCCGUAAUGCCUCGUUGCCAAGGCAAGACGUACAACAGAUGGCUCAGGUUGUGGGCACACAGUUUCAUGGCGUUGAGAGCUAUGCGGGCUAUCUAACCGUUGAUCCCAACUACAACUCAAACAUGUUCUUUUGGUAUUUCCCCGCUGAGCAGGAUCCGGACAAUGCGCCCGUAAUUUUGUGGCUGCAAGGUGGUCCCGGUGCCUCUUCCCUUUUCGGGUUGUUUACUGAGAACGGCCCACUGGAGGUGGAUGCGCAUGGCAAGCCGCAAAAGCGCAAAUACUCGUGGAGCACAACGCACAAUCUAAUCUACAUCGACAAUCCUGUGGGCACCGGCUUCAGUUUUACCGAUCAGGAUGCAGGUUAUGCCCGCAAUGAACGCGAUGUGGGCCGCAAUUUGCACGAAGCCGUCAUGCAGCUGUACGAGCUGUUUCAAUGGAGCAAUUCUACGGGCUUUUGGGUCACAGGUGAAUCAUAUGCCGGCAAAUAUGUGCCAGCAUUGGCAUACCACAUCCACAAAGUGCAAAGCGCCAUUGAGCAGCGUGUCUAUAUUCCACUGAAGGGAAUGGCUAUUGGAAAUGGGCUUUCGGAUCCGUUGCAUCAGCUGAAGUAUGGCGAUUAUCUCUAUCAGUUGGGACUAAUCGAUGACAACGCCCUGAUUCAGUUCCAUGACGCUGAAGCUAAGGGUGCGGCCUGCAUCAAGAGACACGACAUGGACUGCGCUUUCGAAGUCUUCGAUACCCUUAUACUGGGUGAUCUCACUAAUGGCUCGCUCUUUUCCAAUCUAACCGGGUAUACUUGGUACUAUAAUUACCUAAAAACUGAAGACGACGGCUCCGGUAUAAAGAUGGGCGAAUUUCUGCAGUCGGGCGUUACACGUCGGGCCAUCCAUGUGGGCAACAAGACCUUCCACGAUCUAGACAAGGAGAACAAAGUCGAGGAGUUCUUGAAACGCGAUGUCAUGGACACGGUGGCCCCUUGGGUGGCGGAGCUCCUGCAGCAUUACACCACCUGCAUCUACAAUGGCCAAUUGGACAUAAUUGUCGCCUAUCCACUGACGCGCAAUUAUCUGAAUCACUUAAAGUUUCCCGGCUCCGAUCGCUAUAAGGUGGCUCCCCGAGAGAUUUGGCGUGUUGAUGGCGAAAUCGCUGGCUUUGUGAAGCACGCCGGACAUCUGGUCGAGAUAAUGGUCCGUAACGCUGGGCAUAUGGCGCCCCACGAUCAGCCUAAAUGGAUGUAUGAGAUGAUCAAUCAUCUCACACACUACAAGCACUAGAUUAUAAAUUGCAAUGGGCCCGCGAGCUUUAAACAAUAUUACACACUUUGUUAUCUGAUCAAAUUUUAUAACAUGGGUUAUGCAAUAAAAUAUAAAUGUAAUUUUUAAAAGAAA